AGUAAGUGGCUCUAGGAAGCUGGGGCAGGAUGUCCUGGGCAGGGGGAGCUUGAACUCUCCUGGGUGGAGGCUGGCAGGGAAGGAUCCUAUGGAACAGGCCUAGCUCCCUAGAACUCUGGCAGCCAAAGCAGAAAUGUAGCCAGACAGGAGUCCCAAGGGUGGGCUUCAGCUUCAGAGGGCUUUGAGAGAGGAAGAGUAAGCUGGGUGACCUCGUACAGAUCCCUGGUCAAGGUGGGACUAGGGGGCCCCUAGUGGAGCAGUGGAAUAGGACUGCAGAUAAAUCCCAGGGUUCCCCACCUAUAAUCUUACUGCCCAGAAACUCCUACCCUGAAGUUGGAGCGCCAACAAGGAGACAUCCAAGAGCCCAGAAACUUCCAGGACUUUUCUGGGGCCAGACUGCACCGGCUGGAGGCAGUGCCCCGGGUGGGCCUGCAUGGACAUCCCCAUCAGCAGCAGAGACUUCCGCUGCCUGCAGCUGGCCUGCGUGGCUCUCGGGCUGGUGGCUGGCAGCAUCAUUAUCGGCAUCUCCGUAUCCAAGGCUGCAGCUGCCAUGGGCGGUGUCUUUAUUGGCGCUGCUGUUCUGGGGUUCCUCAUCUUGGCCUACCCCUUCCUGAAGGCUCGGUUCAACCUGGACCACAUCCUGCCUACCAUAGGGAGCCUAAGAAUCCAUCCCCAUCCAGGGCCAGACCACGGGGAAGGAAGAUCCAGCACCAAUGGCAACAAGGAAGGAGCCCGCAGCAGCCUGUCCACCGUGAGCAGAACCCUGGAGAAGCUGAAGCCGGGGACCCGGGGGGCUGAGGAAUGCUGAGGCAAAGUCUGAGUGGCUGCCCAUGCCCUGCCCUCCCGUCCUGCCUGCUGCCCCUAUCUCAGUGCCCUCCUGGGUUAGAAGACCCGGACCGGAGACAAGCCAGGCCCUGCAGACCCCAGAGCGGCUGGGAACAGUGUCUGGAAUGGGGCCUUUUGCACGCGCCCGGCCAAGCCUCUCCAAAAUGGAUUCCACUGGUGUGGGCUGGGGCCUGGAGCAAGGUGUCGCCGGACGCCCCCACAGGGUUCCUAUGUUUCAGGCUCCUGCCCUGGCCUUUCUUUCUGGACUGCAGCUCAGCUUUGUUGCCUGUUCAAUCUACUGAUUUGUUUCUCUGGAAUUUGGGGUCCAAGGCCCUGACUAUGACCAGGAUGCCCCAGUCCCUUGCUCUAACCCGGGUACAGAAGUGAACCACAGGCCCACAAGAACCACAGACAGGGACCCUCCACCCCCACGGUCUAGCCCAGGGGCUCUAGAGCUCACUAGCCCAAUAGAGGGGCUAGACAAGAUUCUUUUCCAAAUAUCAAAACUCCUGGCAGUUCCUCAGGGACAGGCUCUGAGCAGCAGUGAAUCAGAUGGGGGAAUUUGGGGGGCUCACAAAGGGACAGGUACAAACAACCUUGCCUGGGGGUCAGAGGAGGCAAUUUCUCAGCCGAGCCCAGUCCUGAGACCCUUGGUGUCUUAACUCCACCACUCAAGGCUUUUUGUGAUCUGACUUCUCUCUUCCCCCUAUCUUCUCACUGCUCCCUGAACAAGCAAAACACAUUCCUGUCUCCAAGCUUUGCCCUGUGUUCUCCAGCACCCUCCCUGCUUCUGUCUGCCUAUCAAACACCCCACUUUUAAAGUCCCCGUUCAAAAAAUCUACCCACGUGGUCUCCUCAUUCUCUUCCGCCAACCUCUGUCUUGCCACCUUUCAGGCAGGGCUGAAGUCUUCCUUUUCACAAAACAAUUAUUAAACCAUCUUAAGUCUA